UCAGAUUUUACAGUGACGGCAAGUUUUAGAGAGAGAAGUAAGAGAGAGAGAGAGAGAGAGAGAGAGAGAGAGGAUGUCUCACAGUCACGGGAACGUUUCGUCGGCGAACGAUCCACGGCAGCCUUCGGCGGCGAAGCCUUACACUCCGCGACCUAUUGCCCCGGAGGAUCUCCCCGUUGACUACUCCGGAUUCAUCGCGGUUAUCCUCGGCGUCUCUGGGGUUAUGUUCAGAUACAAGAUAUGCUCGUGGCUUGCGCUUAUAUUCUGUGCUCAGUCGCUGGCCAAUAUGAGGAACUUGGAGACUGAUUUGAAGCAGAUCUCCAUGGCUAUGAUGUUUGCUAUAAUGGGAUUGGUCACAAACUACUUGGGGCCUAAUAGACCCGCCGCGACAAAGAAAUAAUUCGUGAACUACUCUUGCUUUCUUUAUGUUAUAGCCUUCUUUUGUCAAACCUUGUUUUGGUUCUUGUUUCUGCAUCCUUAAAGUUAUAAAUUGCGACAUGGUGAGAUUUGAAGCAUAGUGUUUUGUUUUGGUGAAACUUGUGUUCGACUCUCAGUAUUCUUGAGGUGUUUUGUGUAUCAAACUAGACCAGAGCUCAUGUUCGAAGGUUCUCAUUUCAGACACACAGAAAUUGAAUUCCAGUUUUAUGUUUUA